CCCUCCCCCUCGACCCUUUCCUUUCCCUUUGAAGACUCGCAGCUGGCGAAACAAGUGUCCGUCGACGACGCCGGCUUUCGAGGAUUUCGCCACUUUCCCGGGACAUGCCCGCAUUCUAACCGGACCUCCAACUAGGCCAACAACUUAAGAGACCCUCACCUCGAAAAAAUGGCACCUCAUCAGCGUCUUCCGUCCUUGCUGCUGGUGUUGCUCCUCCUGCUGUGGGGUGCUCGCAGUGUGAAGAAGGAAGAUACCCUGGAAUUGGUCUCGGACGACGACCUCGUCAACCUGGUCCGCACCGAGAAACACGUUGUCGUCGCCUUCACGCAAAGAGACAAUGAGCAGAGUGAGAAAUUGGAGGACGCCGUGCUCGCCCUGAGAGAGGAUCUGGUCGACGCCCUUGGUGCCUGGGUCGUCAGGGUGGAGAACAGUGCCAUGGCCCGUCUGUACAACCCCAAAGCGCCAAACACACCCUUCAUCGUCUACUUCCGACACGGCGUCCCUCUGCUCUACGACGGUGACCUCGACGAAGACCUGAUCUUGCACACCUUCAGCAACAGCAAAGAGCCAGCCGUGCGAGAGCUCAACGACGACGUUUUCGAGCACCUGACUCAGGCGGCCACUGGGGCCACAACUGGAGACUGGUUCAUCAUGUUCUACGGAAUAACCUGCGUCGACUGCCAGCGCCUUCAGGCCACCUGGGAGGCUGUGGCCGCCAAGCUGAAGUCACGUCUGAACGUGGCCCGCGUCAACAUGCAGGUCAACGGAGCGGCCACCGGCCGUAGAUUCCGCGUCCACAAGAUGCCCACCUUCAUAUUCUUCCGGCAGGGCAAGCUGUACCGAUACCCACUGGACAAGCUGGACGUGCCCUCGCUCACCAGUUUUGCCACCGAGUGGUACAAAAAUGCCAGGGCUGAACCUGUGCCGACACCCCUCAGUCCGUUUGACGACCUGACUCAAGCUGUUGCCGACUGGUUGCGUUACACCGAGUGGCCGUGGAUGGUGGCCACCGGUGGCAGCUUGAUCGGCAUACUCGGCAUCUUGGCGUUCUGCAUGCUCGGCAAGAAGAAACAGGUGCAGAAGAAGCAGAAAAAAGCAAAGUAAGCUUUUGGAUCGAACAAGCCGAACCCCCGACUAAUUCCUUUCAGAUAUUACUGAGUGAGUUCAGCGAGUGUGCGUAAGUUUGUUUGACUCUGAUUAUCAUUAUUAUUUUUAUGUCGUUAUGAAAGAAAGAAAGCAAGUGUGGCGCGGUUGAAAGAAAAACAAAAGCUCUUCGUUUUGUUCCUGAAUUAAUUCUUAAGACUACAAUUUUUUACUCGACUAACAAAAUAUGAAAGUUUGCAACAACUAAUCAAGCCAAGCUUUUUGCCAUUCCCGGCGCUUGCGGCAAAAGUUCGGAACUUCUCGCUGCAGCGGCUUUUUGUACGGCUCUCAACUCACAGAGUUUGGAUAUAUUUUGAUAUAUAUAAAAAGUAUGAAAAUAAACGAGAUGAAAAAAAAACACGAGUGAAUAAAAAAAAAGU